AUGAUGUUGCGCGCCGUUAUAUGCUUGGUCACGACUGCGACUGUCCUGACUUUGACGCGACGUGAUGUCAAUCCGGACGCCAUCUCUGUCGUCAACCUAGCAGUGGACCGCGGAGAGUCUCAACAUGGCGCCUCAGGUGUCCUCUACAGCCUGCCCUUGGACCAGAACCAGAUCCCUGAUAAGUGGUUUAUUGACAUGGAUUACGGUUACUCGCCGCGUGGCGGCGGUUCCUCGCUGACAGCCGGAGGCCACGCAUGGAUUACUUCGUUUAAUGACUACAAGGUACGCAUGAAUGGCGUGAUAUUCAACUACCGUAUCGUACGCAAGUACAAUAGCACGUGCACGACCAUGAUGAGCGACCUCUGGGGUGCCGAUGGCGGCCAGCGUGAGACAAACGGGCCCUCCCCUGGUGAUGGCGGUGACUGGACCCAGUGGGACCAGUUUCUCGCCCAAGUUGUCAAAGAUCUGCGCCAGAACGACGCUCUUGAGGGCAUGUCACUCGAUAUUUGGAACGAGCCCAACGGUGAAGUUUACUGGGACCGACCUCAGGCUCAGUACCACGAAGCCUGGGCCCAUGCCUAUGUCUACUUACGCAAGGAGCUGCCCAACACUAAGCUUGGUGGUCCUGCCGUCAACGGCACCAUUCCCGACGAGUGGGAGUGGCAUGUUCUCGGCACUCCGGACUUUGAGACAUCUCGUAACUUCUUGUGGGAGCCCCCCGACAAGUAUAACCUGCCUCAUAAGCCUAUCAACAUCAACGAGUACGCCCCUGACAGCGAGCAGACACCUGUCUUCAGCGCCUGUGGUCAUCUUACCAAGCCCGGCGGUGGUGAGCCCAACGUCUACAACCCCAAGAACCAGGAUUACAGGGCAACUGGUCAGUACCUCGUCUACAAGUACUACGGCACCGGGGUGCAGGGUCACCGUGUUGAGACACUGCUUUCGGCCAAUAAGGACUUUGAUGUCUACGCCACCGUUGAGGGCAAUCAUCUGAAGAUGCUCUAUGGUUCUCGCUGUCAGACUGGUAGUCCGCCAUCCGUGUCAACAACCUCGACAUCAUCGGUCUACCAUCUUCUGGCGAUACCAAGAUCAAAGUUUUGA